AAAACAGCUGCCUUGUGCAGCCCUGGGCUUCUGGAGGAGCUCAACGCAGGCACCCACAGCGGCUGCAGAGGUGCAGGCCCCGCCCCGGACCCUACUAGCCCCGCCCCACCCCGCCACCAGAGGACCGCACUCUGCAAGGCUAGUGGGGGCCCGCGGUGCAAAGAGGUCGGCGCGCAGCUUCCACCGCGGGUUGCUGGGGCGCUGUCCAGGCGGAGCCGGCCCGGCUCGGGCUGCAACCAUGAUCAAGCGUUUCCUGGAGGACAGCAGUGAUGAUGCCGAACUGAGCAAGUUCGUGAAGGAUUUCCCAGGAAGCGAGCCCUGCCACCCAUCGGAGGCCAAGACCAGGGUGUCCAGGCCCCAAAUUUUGGAGCCAAGGCCCCGGAGCCCAGAGCUCUGUGAUGAUGACCUGGAGUAUAGAGCCACUUUGUGGCCUGAGCCCUCUGAGAGCCAGCAGUACAUCUGUGCCCCAGCCCCUCUCAGCCCUUCUUCCAGGCCCCGCAGCCCAUGGGGCAAGCUUGAUCCCUAUGAUUCCUCUGAGGAUGACAAGGAGUAUGUGGGCUUUGCAACCCUCCCCAAUCAAGUCCAUAAGAAGUCGGUGAAGAAAGGCUUUGACUUCACACUCAUGGUGGCAGGAGAAUCUGGCCUGGGCAAAUCCACUCUUGUCAACAGCCUCUUCCUCACUGACCUGUACAGGGAUCGGAAACUCCUAGGUGCCGAAGAGCGGAUCAUGCAAACCGUGGAGAUUACUAAGCACGCAGUGGACAUAGAAGAGAAGGGUGUGAGGCUGCGGCUCACCAUUGUGGACACUCCCGGUUUUGGGGAUGCAGUCAACAACACAGAGUGCUGGAAGCCUGUAGCGGAAUACAUCGACCAGCAGUUUGAGCAGUAUUUCCGAGAUGAGAGUGGCCUGAAUCGCAAGAACAUCCAAGACAACCGGGUGCACUGCUGCCUCUACUUCAUCUCGCCCUUCGGCCACGGGCUCCGGCCAUUGGAUGUUGAAUUCAUGAAGGCCCUGCAUCAGCGGGUCAACAUUGUGCCUAUCUUGGCUAAGGCAGAUACACUGACGCCUCCUGAAGUGGACCGAAAGAAAUGCAAAAUCCGGGAGGAGAUUGAGCACUUUGGAAUCAAAAUCUAUCAGUUCCCAGACUGUGAUUCUGAUGAGGAUGAGGACUUCAAAUUACAGGACCAAGCCCUAAAGGAAAGCAUCCCAUUUGCGGUGAUUGGCAGCAACACUGUGGUAGAAGCCAGAGGGCGGAGAGUUCGGGGCCGGCUCUACCCUUGGGGCAUAGUAGAAGUGGAAAACCCGGGUCACUGCGACUUUGUGAAGUUGCGGACAAUGCUGGUGCGUACCCACAUGCAGGACCUGAAGGAUGUGACCCGAGAGACACACUAUGAGAACUACAGGGCCCAGUGCAUCCAGAGCAUGACCCGCCUAGUAGUAAAGGAACGGAAUCGCAACAAACUGACAAGAGAGAGUGGUACUGACUUCCCUAUCCCUGCUGUCCCACCAGGGACAGAUCCAGAAACUGAGAAGCUAAUCCGAGAGAAAGACGAAGAGCUGCGGCGGAUGCAGGAGAUGCUACACAAAAUCCAAAGACAGAUGAAGGAGACUCACUAACUGGCUUUUGGACCGGAAUAUUUAAAUCUCUUCUUCCUGCCCAUGCCAGCCCCUCCCGGCACCAGCUCUGCUCAGGCCCCUGCAGCUACUACCACUUCGCCUUAUAUCCCUGCCAACUUCUCAGAGACUCAGAGGAAAUAAACUUUAAUCUAUACAU